AUGAAUAGAAUCUUUGUCUUGGUAAUCUUCUUUUCGUUCUCCCUCGUCCUCCAUAGAACGCAUUCUGUGGAAGUUGAAGUCAAGAACUCACUCAUUAUCUUCCUUGCGAAGAUUUCUAAUGGUGUCAAACCCGGCCUCUCGUGGGGUUGGAAUCCUUCCUCUGAUCCCUGCAAGGACCAUUGGCAGAAUGUGGACUGUGAUUCUCUCAACACUACUGUCACAAAACUCUUUCUCAAUGGCCAAAAUCUCACCGGCGCGUUUGAUGCUGCUUCGCUUUGCAACACGAAACCUCUCGCAGCUUCUCUUACCACCCUUGCCCUUGAUGACAACAACAUUGCUGGACAAAUUUCAGGUGAGAUUGGACACUGCAAUCAGCUCACUCAAUUCACUGUCAGCAAUAACCGUCUUUCAGGUACCCUCCCUGAGUCCCUUACUGCACUGAACAACCUCAAAACGCUCGAUUUUUCCAACAAUCAGCUUACUGGGCUGAUUCCGAAUUUUGACUUCUCCCAUUUCGACAAGUUCAAUGUCUCUAACAACAAGUUCCAAGGACCAAUCCCUAAUACGAAAGGCUUUGUCCAAGCAAACAGCUUCGUGGGAAACUCCGAGUUGUGUGGAGAUCCACUGGCAAACAAGUGUCUGUCGUCAUCCUUGACAACGGAUGGGAACUCGAAAAAUUCCAAGGGUGUCUCAAAAAAUCAAGUGAUAUUAUACAUAGGAUAUGCUAUUUUGGCAUUGGUUUUUAUUGUGCUAUUAUUUUUCAAAAUAUGUACAAAGAACAAAAAGGAAGCUAAAAAGGUUGAUGCCGCGAACAAAGUUUCGGCAGUCGAUGAAAGCGUGAGCAAAAUUAGUGCAGCAUCAAGUGAGUUCAAGGGAGGAUUAAGCAAGUCCAAUUAUUCUGUCACAAUGUCAGAUGAUGAGAGCCAGAGCACUAAUAUGGUUUUGUCUUCACUUAUCGUCCUCACGAGCCCUGUGGUGGAUGGAUUGAAGUUCGAGGACUUGCUCAGGGCCCCUGCCGAGUUGCUUGGGAGAGGCAAGUAUGGCAGCCUCUACAAGGUCAUCUUCGAGGAGGGGAUGGUACUGGUGGUGAAAAGGAUAGAUUGGGCGAUUUCAGGUAGCGAUUUUAAGAAGAGAAUGGAGAGGUUGUACCAGGCUAAGCACCAGAAUGUGCUGCCGGUUCUUGCCUUUUACUCUUCGAAACAAGAGAAGCUUCUGGUGUAUGAGUAUCAAGAGAAUGGAAGCCUCUUCAGACUCAUCCAUGGAAGCCAUAGGGGCCAAGCAUUUGACUGGAGCAGCAGGCUCUCCGUUGCUGCUCGCAUAGCAGAAGCUUUAGCUUUCAUGCAUAAGGAGCUUCGCGCAGAGGGGAUUGCGCACGGCAACUUAAAAUCUUCCAACGUCUUGCUCAACAAUAAAAUGGAGCCCUGCAUAAGUGAAUACGGCCUCAUGGUAAUCAAAGAUUUAGACAACCAAACACCGCGCAAGGCUUCUAGGACCAGCAGUACCUCAAGCGCCUUCAACGGGGACAUUUACGGGUUUGGUGUGAUCCUUCUUGAGCUACUCACGGGCAAACUUGUGCAGCAUAACGGCGUGGAUCUGACGGUUUGGGUUCACUCAGUGGUUCGAGAGGAAUGGACUGCAGAAGUGUUUGACCAAACCCUAAUGUCGGAAUAUGCGAGUGAGGAGAGGAUGGUGAACCUGCUGCAGGUGGCUAUAAAGUGUGUGAACCGUUCUGCGGAGGCUAGGCCGAGCAUGGACCAAGUUGCCAUAAUGAUCAACACCAUUAUAGAGGAAGAAGAGAGGUCCAGAGUCUUUGAUCCACAAUCAUCUAUGAGCCUAAUUUGAUUACGAAAAUAGUUUUUCCAAUUUAAGCCCAUAUUUAUCUAUAUUUCCAUGUAGUAAUUAAGUCCAUAAUAGCAUAUUAUUUUAGAGAAAUGUUUGUAUUUUGAACCAAUAAGAGUAUAAUAUGCAGCCACUAUCUCAUGUCUUAAUUGA